UGGAGGUGAUAGCCGAAGAGGUUUCUGUCCAUAUAGAUGACAUGGUGAGCAAGGAAGAGGAGCAAGAAAGAGAGGAUGGAGAGGGAGUAGAAGAAGCACAGCAGACUGUCACAAAGAACUUGAACAGGAUGGAUUCGCUUGAGAUGGAGGCUGGCAAGAUCUCUGUGAUGCGCGGUACCUCUAAAGUUCUUUCGACAGCUGCAGUAAUGCAGCUGGCUUUUCAGAGCAUCGGAGUGGUGUAUGGAGACAUCGGAACGUCGCCGCUGUACGUGUUUGCCAGCACAUUCUCCGACCGGGUGCCGAGCAAACACGACAUCGUCGGAGCUCUUUCGCUCAUCAUCUACUCGCUGACUCUCCUUCCCCUCAUCAAAUAUGUGUUCAUCGUCCUCCGGGCUAACGACACUGGAGAAGGGGGGACUUUCGCCAUGUACUCGCUGAUAUGUAGGCAUGCCAAGGUGAGUGCAAUCCCUAACCAGCAAGCAGAGGACGAUGAACUCUCUGCUUGCACGGCGAAGUUCCGGAGCAAGAAUCCGAAACGGGCGAAGAAGAUUAAAGAGGCGUUGGAGAACAGCAGUUGGGCUAAGACUAUCCUUCUCUCUCUGACCCUCUUCGGGACUUGCAUGGUCGUCGGAGAUGGAAUUCUAACUCCUUGCAUCUCAGUUCUAUCAGCAGUAGAUGGAAUCAAGAAAAUGGAUGCAGCACUGAGCAAAGAUGUAGUAGCGCUGAUAUCAGUGGCUGUGCUGGUGCUUCUCUUCUCCGUUCAAAGGUUUGGGACUGACAAAGUGGGCUACACAUUUGCUCCGGCAAUCCUCUUCUGGUGCUUGUUCAUAGGAAUCAUUGGAAUCUCCAACUUGAUCCGCCAUGACUCCACAGUGGUGAGGGCCUUCAACCCCAUCUACAUAAGCUCCUACUUGAAGAGGAAUCCGAAAGAGGCAUGGAUCUCCCUGGGAGGAGUUGUUCUCUGCAUCACCGGAACAGAAGCUAUGUUUGCUGAUCUGGGACACUUCUCAGUGAGAGCAAUUCAGGUUGCAUUCACUGGAUUGGUUUACCCCUGCUUACUCUGUGCUUAUUUGGGACAAGCUGCAUACCUGUCUAACUUUCCUGACCAUGUGGCUGAUGCCUUCUACAAGUCUACUCCAGAGUCUGUGUACUGGCCCAUGUUCGUAAUCGCCGUCCUGGCUUCCAUAAUUGCGAGUCAGGCGAUGAUCUCGGCCACAUUUGCCAUCGUGAAGCAGUCGAUGGCCUUGGGUUGCUUCCCUCGAGUCCGCGUCGUCCACACCUCUCACGAGCACGGAGGGCAGGUCUACAUUCCUGAGAUAAAUUUCCUUCUCAUGUUCGCCUGCGUCAUGGUCACAGCCUCCUUCAGAGAGACGUCCAAGAUCGGGAACGCCUACGGGAUCGCGGUGGUCGCGGUGAUGAUCAUCACCUCCUCUCUUCUCAUCCUAAUUAUGCUGAUGAUAUGGCAGACAAGCGUUGUCCUUAUAGCGAUGUUUGUUCUCGUGGUCUUCUCCUUUGAGCUCCUGUACUUCUCAUCGGUGCUCUACAAGUUCAGUGAAGGAGGCUAUCUUCCACUGACACUUGCAGCGCUGCUCUUCUUCGUCAUGUAUGUGUGGCACUACGUCCAAAGCAAGCGCCACGCAUUCGAAGUGGAACAGAAGGUGUCUGCAGAGUACUUGAGUGGGCUUGGUUCCAACCUCGGCGUCGCUCGGGUUCCCGGCGUCGGCCUUCUCUACACCGAGCUGACGCAAGGCAUCCCCGCAAUAUUCCGCCACUUCCUCACCAACCUCCCCGCCAUGCACUCGGUGCUCGUUUUCGUCUCCGUCAAGUACUUGCCGGUGAGCAACGUGCCGGCAGAGGAGCGCUUCUUGCUUCGCAGAGUUGGUCCGGAGGAUCACGGGAUGUACAGGUGCAUCGUGAGGUAUGGCUACCGGGAUCGGCGAGUCGGCUGCGAGGUCUUCGAGUGCCUGCUCAUGGCGCAGCUCAAGUCUUUUAUUCGGGUGGAAGCCAUGGAGGGAGGCUGCCGAGAGAAGGUAGAGGCAGAGGAGGAGAUCAGGUUCUUGGAACGCUCCUGCGCCGCAGGAGUCGUCUACUUGCUGGGUCACAGCGAGGUCAGGGCGAGCAAGAAUUCCAGCUUGGUGAAGAAGGUGGUCGUCGACUACGUCUAUGAUUUCUUGCGGAGAAACUUCCGGCAGGGGCUCGUCGACCUUCAGAUACCCAACAAGAACUUGAUGCAAGUUGGCAUGAACUACACUGUUUGAUCGUAUUACUCGAAAUCAAGGAGACGAAUGAAUAAAUUCUGUCUCACCCAUCGAUUUCAACUUUAGAGCACGAUAUCAAACGCAGAUUGAAUUGAGCCCGUGAGUUAAGAUCGGCAGUAUUAGGAGUUCACGGGCAGAUCUAAUCACGACCAAAAUAUAGUUUAUAUGGUGUAAGCUUUUCUAAUGGUCUGACGGCGGAAGAGGAAUAGAGAGGUCGAUGACUGCAGCACGUGAGCACGUUUGU